GAAAAAUAUAUUACCAUGGCUUCAAUACCCUUAAUGAUGGCGCAGGAUGACUGUGAACUUGGAGGAAAGGAAACCAUCGAGGAUGAUUUUGCAUAUCGCAACAAUGUGAUGAAUGCCGACAGAGAGAUACGUCUGGCGUUCGUCCGCAAAGUCUACGGCUUGCUGACGGUACAACUCCUUGCAACUGUGGCCAUUUCCGGCAUGUUCCUACUUGUGAAGCCGGUGCAGGGGUUCAUUCAUGAGAACACCUGGAUGAUAGGACUGGCGUUUAUCCUGAGCAUGGUGAUCCUGAUUGCCCUCAUAUUCAAACGACGGGACUCCCCCGCUAACUUGUAUCUGCUUGCCGCAUUUACGGUGGUUCAAGCAUACACAGUGGGUGUCAUAGUAUCGUUCUACAACACGGCCGUGGUGUUGCAAGCCCUGGUUCUCACAUUCGCUGUGGUGUUCGCUCUCACUUUGUACACAUUUAACACUAAACGGGACUUCUCUUUUGUUGGAUAUGGAUUGGUGGCGGGACUCUCCGUGCUGCUCAUUGGUGGUUUCCUUCAGAUCUUCAUCCAGAGCUCAGCCCUCGAGAUGGCCCUGGCUUUCUCCGGAGCGAUCCUCUUCAGCUUCUUCCUAAUAUUUGAUACCCAGAUGAUGAUGACGACGCUAUCCCCCGAAGAAUAUAUUCUGGCCACAAUUAAUCUAUAUUUGGAUAUUAUAAAUCUGUUCCUGCAUAUACUCAGGAUUUUGAACGAGAUGAAUAAGUAAAAGAUUGUUGUAUCUUAGAAUCAAUCUUGGAAUGUUUGCUCUAUGAUUUAUAUUUAUUAAAUUUAUGAGAUUGUGUUGUAUUAUAAAAUCAUACACCAAAAUUGUAAGUAAAUAGCCUGUUUAUACAUAUUUAGUGGCGAAGUAAUUAAGUUAAAUUUAAGUCCUCGAUCAUUAAGGGUGCAUUAAGGGUUUAAGUAAUACAGUCUGAAGAUCUUAAGUAUUUUUCUAUGUAUUUCACUAAAUGGCAAUUUAGUUAAGGCCACGCCCACCAAGGUGCGAAAGGGGUGGUUACUUAUUUGUAAAAUACUUAGAAAUGAUUCUAUUCUACUGAUCCACUUAUGCACUUAAUUGGUAACUUGCGACUAAGGAACGAUUAUAUGAACGUUUCUAAUACCUAAUUAAGUUGAAAUUUAAACUUCGUCUUAAUACGUAUAAACAGGUAUAAGCAUACAAUUUUUAUUUGUUCUAACAUUGUAUUGCACAGUUAUGAUUCCAAGGUUGACAUUUGCGUCUUACAAUCUGCAAAAUUAAAAGUAAUUUUUUGAAGACUUUAAAACUCCGUGCUGGAUAACAUUUUGUAUCGGUCGCUGGUGAUCAAAGAGUUUCUGAUAUGUGCUUCACCCGGGUGGAGUACAGGUUGAAUUUAUAUUAGCAUUAUUGCACUUGGAUAGAAUAUUAGGACCUAUUUUAAGACUAGAAUAGGGGGUCACAACACUACUAAAUUACACUAUUAAAGAUUAAGUAGGGAGUCGAGAAAGGUGCGCUGUUAGAGAUUAAACUCUCUAACAGCGUACUCGGAAAAUGAUUCGGCGAUGACAACCGGAAGGUUGAUAGGGCCCUGGGUAUAGUAGUGGGAUAGUUCAUCUGGAUGCACUACAAAAUGUAUGUUAUCCACAUAGAUUACGAUUAUAACAUCUGCCUGGCUGCAAUAAUCGGAGCUGGGUGAAGUCUCUUUUUGAUACAACUGCACGAACUCGCGACGGGCGCGAAUUUAUCUAGCGUCGAGUGUUAUUUUUUACGAAUCAGUAUUGUUAUUAGGCCUCCUUUUUUAAAUUGUAGUAAUAUGACUGUUCUUUUUUUUCUAUUUGAAGAACUGUUUUUUUAAUAACAAUUUUUUUAACUUUACAAAUUUAUUUUUCCCGGCAUUUAAAACUUCAGAACUUAUUUUUUUAUCCGAAAGUGAAAAUAUGGUAAAUACAAAAAAUUUACUUAUACUGGCCAUUAAUAGAUCAAAUUUCUUUUUAUCUAUAUCGAAAAAUACUUUUAUUUUGAAAUUAAUAAAAUAGCCCCACAUUCCAUGUUUAUUAAACUUUUCCUAGACACACUUUUUUUUUGUAAAUAUGUAAAGCUAAAAUGGCUGUGAGCAAAAUUAUAUUUUUUCAUUGACAAAUAAUAUUUUUGUCACAACUUAAUCAUUGAUUUGUAAAUGUAUUAUAAACUGAAUAAUUAAUCCACAGAUAAAGUUAGAAUUCAACAGAAAUUUUAUUUGUAAUUUUAUGAAUUUAGAUUUUAUUUUUAGCACAAAAUGUGUAUUG